AUGGCGGCUAAUGAGCCAGUUGAUGAUUUCAUCAUCAUCGGUAUUGACUUUGGAACGACCUACUCAGGAAUUGCCUGGGCGUAUUCUCGAGAGCCUGAGGAAAUCGAACUUGUCACAAGCUGGGACUCAGAGCUUAACCAUUGCUCAGACGUUGAGAAAGCACCGACCCAGUUGUUCUACGACGAUGACAAAGACACCACAUGGGGCUAUUCUGUUCCCGCUGACAAGGAUGCUCUCAAAUGGUUUAAACUAUUGCUGCUUGACACCGCCGAUAUCCCCGCCAACAUGCUAUCCUCCUCCCAGCUAAGCAAGGCCCGAGAUCUUCUGGAUGGCAUCAAGAAAGAUCCUGUCGAGGUCAUCGCAUGCUUUCUACGAAAGAUAUGGAAUCAUGCAAUCGACUCUAUCCGCCGCAGUGUGGGAGUCGAGUUGCUACAACAAUCGCGAUUCCAUGUUGUGAUCACUUUGCCCGCGAUCUGGCCUCCAUAUGCACAGCAGCGCAUGAAACAGGCUGCCACUAUCUCCGGAAUACUUGAUGCUCGGUCCUGUGGCGAAACUACUCUCCGAUUUAUUUCGGAGCCUGAAGCAGCAGCACUGGCUACUAUCAAGGACCUUUCCAAGAGAUCAACCAUCAAGCUAGGAGAUACCAUGGUCAUAUGUGAUGCUGGAGGCGGGACAGUAGAUCUCAUCAGCUAUGUGGUAGAAUCCACAGCUCCCUUCAUUGUCAAAGAAUGCGUCAAAGGUGAAGGGGGCCUUUGCGGAGGUGUUUUCCUCGAUGAAAGAUUCCUGGACCUCAUCAAAAGCAAAGUUGCUCCAGGAUCAUGGUCAAGUGUUAGCAAUUCAGACGAAAAGAAGUUCCUCAAUGAUGGUUGGGAGCAUGGCAUCAAACCCCAGUUCUCGAACCAGAACAGGACUUGGCUAGUUGAUCUACCUGACAGUUGCGGCAGUGCAGCUUCCAAACGAAAGCUGAAGCGUCGGAAGUCACUCGAACUCAGCUCGCACGAUAUUCUGUCAGUUUACAGUCCUAUUGUCGAUCAAAUCGAGGCACUCGUACACCACCAAACCCGGGCCAUCCAGUCGAAGUACAGUCAACCAGCAAAGUACGUCAUCCUUGUGGGUGGGUUUGGGCGUAGCUCGUACUUGUACAACAAGCUGCAUUCAACAUUGGGCAGCUCGGUCCUGCAAUCUCGUGGGAACAAGCCAUGGACUGCUAUCUGCCGCGGUGCUGUCGUUCAUGGUAUCACCAGUUACGGUCUCUCAACGACUGUUGGGGUUAGAGUUGGCGCCAGAAUUGCUCGAAGAAGCUACGGGAUACGUUUCAGGACGAAAUUCAAUCCUAAGAUACAUGACAUCUCUGAUAGAUUCUGGGCGGAUGACCGGCAAGAGUGGCGCGCAAAGCAGCAAAUGAGGUGGUUCCUGAAAGAGGGCGAUGACAUGAUGACCAAGAAGCCAGUUAGGCACGAGUACAAUAAUCUCUACUCUGGUCGUAUCGGUCAAAUCAAAACUAUCAUCUACAGCUCUUCCCAAUUCCCACCGCCUAAGAGAUCGGACCCAGCCGUGCAGGAGCUAUGUGAGAUUCGCUGGACUCAGGAUGUGGAUAUCGAGUCACUUCCAACAUACACCAACACUCUGGGUAAAGUCUAUCACAGACUUAAAUACGAAGUUGAGAUGACGUGCGACGAUGGGAUUGUAGACUUUACUGUUUACUACCAGGGGAAACGUGUUGGCGCCCACAAUGUUGAUGUCCAGUUUCGGUAG